AUGGAGCUCCUCGACAACAUCCUGCGCGAGCAGGUCGAAGGCCACGAUACCUGGAUCACCGAGGAGCCUCUCCAUUCCGACCGCUGCGUCCCCGGCAUCCCGGCGGCGUACAGGCUGGAACAGCGAGAAGACCGCGCCGUGUACGUGAAAGGCGUACCUCACGCAUGGCAGAAUGGACCUUUUCAGAUACUCGUCGCCAACUUCGGCGAGGUGGAGAAAGUUCCAUGCCUAAUUUCCCUGGGCAGCGAACACACAUUCCGCUGGGCUAUUAUGGCCACGGCUGAGGAGGCAGAGAAUCUGUUGAAUGGAAUGCAUGGGAUGAGGUUUGAGGGAGAAUACUUGACAACUUCGAUGGCUACGCCGCCAGGACGAACGAUACGCUUGUUGGCGCCUCUUACUCAAGCACCUGCUCGGCUCCCGCCUACGCCUCCAUACACACCUUAUCAUAGUCUUGGAGCAGGCCUUGGAGCAUUUCUUGGAGCACCAGCUGUCCAUGGUCACCCAUCUCCAGCUUCAAGCACCGAUCCACAGGAGAAGGCAAAGGAAAACAUACCACCUGUCACCCAGUACACAACACCCGCUACUAGAGCAAAAUCAUCUGCCAACUCAGAUGCAACAGCUGCGCCAGCUCCUGCCACGCCAGCGCCAUUCGUCCCCAUUUCAACAUCCUGGGCAAACAUCGCCAGUGCCGCCAACCCCAACACUGGCGUCGUCGUAUUGCACCCGACUCGGCCUGUCUCAAGUCGCCUCCAACCAGUCGGACGAAUUCCGAGCGUCAUACGUUCUGAACGCCACAAGGUCGUAAUUCCUGAAUCUCAAGCCGAGCAAAUGCGCGUAGUCUUCCUACUCAACCUCCCGAACAAUCUCAGUCUGCAAGACGUCUCCAAUGGAGUGCAGGAAGGCCCUCUUGUCCAGAUCGCUUUUGGUUUCGAUGAGGUGGAACAAGCAAAGUUCGCAGGCGUAGUUUUCCAGUAUGCUAGGGAUGCUGAGGUGUUCCACCAAGUGCUUCAGAAGGAGAGGGCUGAGAGCAGACCCGAACGGUUCAGAUUCAUUGUGGACGCUGUCCGCGGCGACCCUUUCCCAGCUGACGAGGCGAUCAAGGCUAUGGGGGACCCUAAGAUCAACGCCAGCCGACGUCUUACAAUGGUCAAGAAAGGCUUCUUCUUCGUGUUUGGGGAGCGGCAUUUGACGAAUUUGUGCAAUAAGGUUGUGGGAGAGGAAGACGUUCAGCUGGUUUGGUUGUAUAAUGGUGGGAAUGCCACGGUGGUAUUUUCUAAUGUUCGGGCAGCGAUGAAGAUGAAGGCUGAGUUGGAUAGGUUGACUGCUGGUGCUGGAUUGCCUGGUGGACAACCUGCUGUUUGGGCGGGACUUCAAACGACCUACUCGAAGGAUCCUUGCCAUGUUCCAUUGGUCCUCACGUCGGCCAUCAACAAUUAAUGGUUUGGAUUCGUUGGCUAUGGUGUUGGAAGAGGCAUAAAUCGGUUGGAUGGACUUGGACUGUUUCCUUCUUAAUUAUUGCAGUCGGGCCGUCCCGCACUCGUCACCUGUCACUGUGGCUAGUAGUUGGUGGCCUUCGGUUAUCCGGUGGGUAUUAUCGAUGGGUAUUGCCUCUAUGGCAUCCACUGGGCCAUGCGUCAAAUAUUAGAGUGUUUCAUCGUAUUUCGACUGUGGGGAAGCAACGGCCUUUCCUUCGAGAUACCCGUGGGACCCUGAAAAUAUUCGUGCUGUUCGUCUGACAUGGUGGCCAGAGAGGCCGCUACUCAUGGCACGGGUCUGCCAGCCAUAUCUCUCCUCCGGGGCCUUAGUUUCUGAAUUCUAAUAAAU